AUUUUAAAGUUUUAUAUUUUCAGCCUGGUUGCUGCUGUUGACAGUGAGUGAUAACACCUAGGUUUAACAUCCUGUGUUUGCUGCAUACUUUGAUGUAUUUUUGCAAUAUGAUGCACUUAAAAAGAUGUGGUUUUUGUGUACAGAAAUGUUGGUCUCUGAUACAGUAAAGUGUGAAAUGUCAUAGAUGUCAACAGUAAUGGAAUUUUCUAGUGAAUAUUAUUUUUAUUUAAUUACUUUUUAAUGUUUUUAUUUUAUUUUUAUUUUUAUUUUUAUUUUUUAUUAUUUUUAGUUAUGCUGUUUCUGGAGGUUUAGGAAGCCGAAAUUCAGUCAUUUUUUCCAUUUUUUUUAUUCAGUUGUUUCCCUGUUCUUUCAUUUAUUUAUUUAUUUAUUUAUAUAUAUAUGUAUAUAUGUGUGUGGACUGAUUUCUUUGUUGUCAGAUCGCAAGAUGCCACUUACAUUAGAUGUUAGAUGUAUCAUGGCAUUAGAUGUUGUACCACAGUAACAAUUUAUUUAGUUAGUGAGAUAGUAUUUCAGAUGUAUUUAUUUAUUUAUUCAUUCAUUCAUUCAUUAUUAUUUUAAAAUGUGCCAUGGACCAUGGUAAAACCAUGUUUUUGACAGUCUUUGCAGUACCUUGGAGUACCACAGUUAUUUUGUAACGGACAGUGCCAUAUUCUAUUCAAAUUUUACUAUGUAAAUCUUUAAUUACCUUCUAUGCUGUUCAUAUAUACAGACAUAUUGUACAGUAACCUAUUUGUUAGGUGGUUUAUACUUCUAGUUCAGAUCUACACUCUCAGAAAAAAGGUACAAAACUGUCACUGGGGCAGUACCCUUUCAAAAGGUAAUAAUAUGUACUUUUAAAGUACUAUCUACCUUUAAGGUACUAAUAUUAAGGGGUAAUAAGGUACAAAGAUAUAUCUUUUAGCUUUUGUACCUUAAGGGUAAUGCCUCAGUGACAGCUUUGUGCCUUGUUUCUGAAAGUGUAUGAGUAUGAAUUUCCUCAUUCAUGCUAAACUGGAUAAUCUUUAGAAAACCCAUCUGCGUGUUCUUAACUGGAUAUAACACAUUCGUGGUAGAUUAGGGCUGAUAUCCCAGAGGUUGUUGGUUGAAACUCAAAAAAAAAAAAAAAAAGAAAAAGAAGUGAGGUUUGCUUGCCAACCACUUAACUGCCCAAAUGUAUUCCAUAUUUAUAUAAGUGGGUUAAGGUGAGAAUGUGGGUGUUUUUUUUUUUUACAUCAAUAACUCCCUCGAUGUUUUUCCUGUGACAUGAACUGUAGUAACCUGGGUAAAUCAGCUUCAAAGUCACUAGUUUCCUGCUCCUGUGGUGUUGGAAAUCAAGUGACGAGUUUCUGAUAAUAUCAUCCCUUCCAGUCUUAGUGUGACUGCUUGGAUGAAGAAAUAAAUGUCAUUUUAUGAUCCACACGUCCUGUCCGGAUGGUACUUUUUGCAUACUACUCAAAAAUGUAGUGAAUCAGUAACUGGUCCUCUAUUAAGGGUUACCAAAAAAAUGAAUCACAUUUUUAGCUCUGUAGAGAAACUUGUAAUUUGUAUAAUUUGUCAAUUUAUAUUUCUCUAAUAAAUUCAUGCAUUUCAAACACACUGUAAAAAAAAAAAAAAGUUGAGCCAACUUAAAAUUUUAAGGCAACCAGCUUCAGCAGAUUUUUGAGUUGUCUAACUUGUCGUUUUAAGUUUAUACAACAAAAAUGUGAGAAUCUCCCACAAAAAUAAGUUGAGCAAACUCAAAAAUCUGCUGAAGCUGGUAAAAAUAUUUUUUAAAGUUCGCUCAACUAUUUUUUUUUUUACAGUGCAGAAGCAUUUAGAGAAGAGGAUUUUUUUCACAAUAUUUAUUGACAGAUUUAUUUUUAUUAUUUACAGAUAAUAUAUGUAUCAAUACAAAUAUUUAUUUAUUUACAGAUAAUAUAAUAAUUAUAUAUGUACUUACAAAUUUUACAUUAUAUUUCUAUAUAUAUAUAUAUAUAUAUGUGUGUGUGUGUGUGUGUGUGUGUGUGUGUGUGUGAUAUCACUCAUUAUGAUACGCAUUACAUUAAGAACAUUUCCUGUCCUUAACAUAUAUACGUCAGAGUUUUACUGAUAAGAUGCCUCUUAUGGAAAGAGAAAGAGAUGGACCUUCCUGUGGAAGAAGCGUUGCAUUAUUUCUCUGCCUGUGUGAAAUUUUCUACCUGGGGCUCUUUAGGUUUUGCCCCACGUGUGAAUCAGUUCAUGAAUCAUCUAUGAUGCCUCAGAUCUGACUCAUAUACAGCCAUUAAGCAGAAUUUGUAACUAUUGUUAAUGUUUUUUUUUUUUUUGGUCUGGCGGCAUUUGUAAAUCAAGAAGUACUUUACUGCUGAAUCAUUGUGGUGCAUGACAUCAGUGACCAGACGAUCAACCUAAACACACACAAACACUUCAUAACCGGCUCAGUUUGGGCUUGAGAUCAGGAGGAUUUCAUGUGAUAUCAGAUUGAUGUGUUGUGUUUACCUGCAGGGGUCAAUGAGGGGGACGCUGGUCGUCGUAUUUCAGGCUCUGCUGUGGCCUGUCAUCUCAGCAUCAGCCUUGUUCACAGUCGGUUUACAGGAGAGCGUUUACGAGGCAGAGCUACAUGGAGAUGUCGGACUAGUGUGUUUGUUCUCCAAGGUUAAAAGUCUUUCUGACCUCACUGUCAUAUGGAGCCGAGUCGAGCCGAAGCCAGCCGUGGAUGUGUAUCGGCUGGAGAGAGGCACAGAAAAUCACAAUUACACCAGUGCCAUGUUCAUAAAGCGCGCACAGCUCAUCCACGAGCAGCUGGAUGAAAACAGAGCGGUGCUGCACUUGAAAAAGCUCCGGAUAAAAGAUUCAGGCAUGUACCGGUGUAUCGUGAAAGAGGGAGAUGAUGGAGACUACAAGCAAGUCUCGCUCAAGGUUACAGCUCCUUAUACUCCUGUAAAGAAAAGCAUCAUGAAGACAGGUCAGGAUGAGGUCGAGCUCUCCUGUGAGUCUCAGGGAUUCCCGUCAGCUCAGGUUAUCUGGAGCGAUGGUCAAAACACAAACCUCACAGAGAUGUCCAACAGCACCGUACACUCUACAGAAGAAGAUCUCAUCCACAUCAUCAGCAAACUGACCGUGAAACGAGACCUCGUCAAUAACUACACCUGCUCUUUCCUCGUGAAGGGUGAAAUCCAGCGGAUGGCCACCUUUAGCAUCCCAAAUGACAUCCUUCCUCACUCUUCUACUCAAUAUGUGUGGAUUGUCGCCGUGGUUGUUGUGCUUUUAGCCAUUGUCUUCAUCUCUGUCAUUCUGCGUAGGAGAAAAAAUGGUCAGGAAAACAGACGAAAUGAAUCACCUAAAUGUGCUUUGCUGUUUUCACACUCAUCCUCUGCCAAAACUGAUUCUUUACUGACUGUGAACGAGGUCAGGCCGCAAACAUGUGACAUAAACUCAGAAGAUACUGCAGAAAAACCUCCAUCUUUGAGGAGCAUGCUUAUACGACAGUAUUCAGAGCUCGACACAAACGCUGAGAUGAAAAGCAGACUUGCUUCAUAUGCACUUCUCAGCAAAGAAGGCCAAUCUCUAAACAUCAGCUCAAUCCUGCCUGAUAAGAAAGAAACCGUCCUUCUGCUUGGAGAACCAGGCUGCGGGAAAACCAGCGUAGCCCAAACUCUGUCGUCCUGCUGGGCUGAGAGGAUCACGACAGACCCCUUCAACAUCCGCCGGCUCCAUCUGGUUUUCCAGGUGGACUGUGGCAGAGCGAAAGGAGACUUUUUCCAGGUGAUAAAAUCCAGCAUUUCUUAUGAAAAACCACUAGACGUGCCUGAGUUCAGAGAGACUCUUCUGGGCUCAACAGACUGUUUGCUCAUCCUGGACGGAUAUCAAGAGGGAAACAAGGACCUGGAUGAAACACUCCAAUGGUUUCUAACAGAGCGGCAGACGUGCCGGGUGUUAGUCACAUCACAUCCUGGAAAAUGUCCAGCUCUGGAAAAAAAUGUCAGGACAGUAUUACAACUUAUUCAGAAACCGGAAAAGUCUGGAUAACGAAAUCGGAUACAUUUCAUAUUUGCACAGACUAUGGUUUUGCAAUUUCAUGUUGCAACUUCAGCAAUGGAUGAUGGAUCUGCCUUUUGUUUCUUGGGAAUUCUUUUUAUAAUCUGACUUUUGAUAAAGCAGACUCAUCUGGCAGGAGAUCAAACCAUUUUGCAAUACUUGAAUUCAGUUGUAUUUUUCAAAGACCAAGUACAGGAAAAGAGAAAUGAGAUCACGGUUAUUAAGCCAAACACAAAAAAUGGUGUAGAAACAAUUUGCGCUCAGAAAUCACUGGUGAUAAUAACAAAGAAACUGCAAGCAACACAUUGUCUUAAAUGUGAAAUACUGAAGUAGAAAAACUGAAAUAACAUUUUUUAGAGAAACAUUUUAUUUACACAAUCAUGUGUACUUCUUAUCAGUCAAUAAUGCAUGUGGUUUAACUGUUACAGGAAUAAACACAGGUCUUAUUUGCAUGUUUUCAGCAAAAUAUAGUUACAAACUAACCAUCUUUGACGGAUCAUUAACUCAGACACUGAUCGUGCGAAAAUCAACUUCUCUUUUAGAUUUACUUCAAACUUUUUGUAACAAUGACGCACUUUCGUUUUGUUUAUCGAUGUAAAAUGUGAUGAUUUUGUUUAAAGAACAAAAAACUGAAAGUGAAAACUUUAGUUUUGAUCAUUUUAGACUCUUUCAGAAUGGUUUGGCUUUUUGUUUGUCUUUUAUUUUUACAUGUUUGAUGGAUGCACAGGCAUUGCACAAGUCUUUUCAUGCAGAGAUAGAGUUGUUUCACUUUCAUUUUGCUUUGAGUCUGAACUGGAUUGACUUACAUUUCUGAGAAAACACUCUGCACUCUUAACUGGCAGUAAGAUAAAAAAAAAGGAAGUACAUGUUUCCCGCAAAGGGAAGCCAAACCAAAAAUGUCUGAGUGUCAUCUGGUUGCACUUUGGUAGCUAUUGUGCUUGUGCAGGAUGCCUUUUUAACUUUAUGAAAGCAUUAAAGAAGAAACAAAUUCUGGAGCUCAAACUGAUGAAAUGAUUGCAAGGUUUAAAGCUUCGACAGAUAACUGUCUAUGAGGGCAUAUUAAGUUACCAAAAAUGAAUCAUUAAAUGAAAUGAAAGUGAAAGUCACCACCAUACAUGCAUUACUUUAAUCCUUUGAUGCAUGUAAUGUUAUAUUACAAAGUAAUUCAAUUGAAUACAAUCCUUUUUUUCCUAAAUGAUGAGUUCAUCUCUGUGCAAUGAAAUAGCAGAUAAUAAAUAAAAAACACAGAGGCUGGUCAUGGGAUUAUAAUAAAGGGUCAAAGGUCACUGCCCAUGAUGGUUUGGAUAUUACAUCACAUACAGAAUAAUUAAAAUAUUUUUAAAUAUGUGUUCACCAUAGAUGACACCAGCAUCAAGUGUAAUUUCUGCCUGAUCUGACUCUUAAAAAGUACUUUUUUGUGUGUGUGCAACCCAAUGUUGCACCAAUAAAAGUUUGUUUUACAUGUA